UCUCACUCUGGAGUGGUGGUGGCUGCUGUGGGAGACUCUGCGUCCACUCCAUCCAUCAGCAUGUCACGCGUCAUCGGGUCUUUCAAUAUCCCUCUGGUCAGCCACUUUGCCACCUGUGCCUGCCUGUCUGAUAAACACGAGUAUCCGACUUUUUUCAGAACGAUUCCCAGUGAUUAUUACCAAGCCGCUGCAAUGGCCAAACUGGUGAAACACUUUGACUGGACCUGGAUCGGAGUCUUCCAUUCGGACUCAGAUUAUGGAAAUUACGGCAUUGCAACCUUUCUUGAGUCGGCACGCAGAGAAGGGAUCU